AUGGCUCGCCCUAUUGAAGCUGUCAAAGAUAUCAAUGAUUUAAAGGAUUUAUGGAAGAUAGUUGUUAGAUGUAAACAUCUAUGGAGUGUUACCGGUGCUUCGAACAAAGAAUACUUGGAGAUGAUUUUGGUUGAUUCGAAGCUCGAUAUGAUUCAAGUUUCAAACAAUGAUUUUUCUUUUAGGUCUACCAAGCAUAGUUUCAAAUUGGUUUCCCGUGGUUCAACUUUGGUUAAAAAGACAGAACUUGAUGAGAUUCCUGUAAACUACCUUAGCAUACAUGGGUUGGAUUCAACAAUUGAGGUAAGAUUUAAGUCUAUUGUGUUGGUUGAUAUUGUAAGAGGAGUAACUGAGAUCUCUCAGUCCCAAAUAAUUGUUGAUAACAACAAAAUCAAGGUUGUUUUUACAUUGACUAACAUGAGCAAAGAAGUUGUGCAAUGGUUAACGAGUCUCAAGGUGUCACAGUUUGAUGUCUUUAACUUAACAUUUUAUGUUUGUUUUAUACAAGGAGAUUAUCCGUUGAGAAAUUCGAACGCAUGGAACGACAAAAAAUUGGUGAUUAAUGAUGUUAGUAUUAAGGAGAUUAACAAUCUUAAAGAAAGGUACAAUAUGCAUUUUAUAUACAUCGGUUUGACAUUUAGAAUGUUGUUUUUAGCUAAUUGUCAAUUAUUAAUGCAUAACUUUCAUGUUUUCAUGCUUAACCGUCUUAAAAAUUAUUUACCAUUGUUGUCGUCUUCGAGUUUGCAAGAGACUACCUGUGUGAUUGUUGCAACAUUGGAGAAAUUUGAGUGUGGGCAGUCAGGAUUGUAUUAUGAUGGAUGUGUUGAAUGCACGAGGAGUGUGUCUUUAAAGGAUGGGAAACUUAUGUAUUAUGCCAAACGCAUAUCUGCAGAGCCAGUCCUGAGGUUUAAGCUUAAAGUUUUGGCGUCUGACAGUAAAUUCAAGUCCAAGUUUAUCUUUUGGGGUGUUAAUUGUGCGAGGUUAGCUGGAAAGUUUGCUCUUCAGAUGAAAAAGGAUUUGAUCGAGCAUACUUCAAAGCUUCUAACACCGAAUCAAGAGUCACAAGAUGAAUUGAUAAUUGUUUUUGAGCCCUUAUCUGCAUCUGCAGAUUAUGACCAUGCAAUUGGAAAUUCAGGCCUUACUCCAUCAAAGAGGUCUUUAACUGUUGCAGUGGAAGAUAUUGAGAGAGUCCAACUAUCCUCAACCAAGCUUAGCAAACAUAUCAAGAUAGAGAAAUAG